AUGGCUGUCAUAAGCCUCCUAUCUGGCGUCGCAGGAGCUGGUUUCCUCCUCUGCCUCUGGUUCUUAGCCUUGACCAUCUAUCGGCUCACAUUGCACCCACUGGCCAAGUAUCCUGGACCACUGCUCAGCAGAAUAUCAUACUGGCCGACAGCAAUACAUGCUUUCGUGGGCGACCGACAUAUCACGCACUGGAAAGACCAUGAAACCUAUGGAAAUAUCGUCCGCGUCGCGCCGAACAUGCUUUCGGUCAACACCAAGGAAGGUCUCGAAGCUAUCUACAGCUCUGGGAAAGUGAAUGUUCAAAAAGGGUGGUGGUAUGAGAUCCUUCCGGCCGCUUCAAAAGAAUGGACAACACAUAGUACUAUUAACCGUACUGCGCACGCACGUCGAAGGCGAAUCAUGUCCCACGCCUUUUCCGACAAAUCUAUCCGAAGCGCUGAAGACUUCAUCUUACAAAAUAUCAGAGUAUGGACCGGCGUCCUCGGGGAACCAAAACCCGUUGGAGAGAAGGAUGAUGGGUGGAGUCGCAAGCGCGAUGUCGGUCUUUGGGCGACAUAUUUGAACUUCGACAUUAUGGGCGACUUGGCAUUUGGGAAGACGUUUAGUUGCCUGCUGAGCGACGUCAAUCGCUGGGUACCGGAAAUCAUAAUUACUUCCAGCAGUUUCGUAUACGUUAUGGGUUAUCUGCCAAUACUUACCCUGAUCAAACCUUUGCUACGGACCAAGUUGAUGGAAAAAUACGGUGGUGAGAUAGCCUCGGGAAACAUACGACUCAACAAUUAUUGCGACUCAUUAAUGGACGAGCGUGUGGCCAAAGAAAAAGAGAGUGUGAAUGGAGAUCCUAAAGCAAUGCGGAAGGAUUUCACACACUAUCUUUUGGAAAGUCGUGAUCCAGAGACCGGCAAAGGAUUUUCGCAUGCCGAAUUACAGUCUGAAGCAGCGCUCCUUGUCGUUGCUGGCGCCGACACAACAUCGAUUACGCUUUCGGCAACAAUGUUUUACCUUGUUCGUUAUCCACGAGUUCUAGCUAAAUUGGCGACGGAAAUCCGCACCGCAUUCUCGGACGUUGAAGACAUUCGUGUCGGACAGACUCUCGGAUCUCUGGUAUACCUGCGUGCCGUUAUUGAUGAAACCUUGCGCAUGUCUCCUCCUAUUCCAGGAAUUUUGCCUAGGGAGGUCCUUCCAGGUGGUAUUGAACUCGAUGGAAAGUUGAUUCCCUGCGGAACCCAAGUCGGUAUCUCGGCGUACGCUAUGCAUCACAACGAGGAAUAUUUCCCGGACUCAUUUAGCUAUUCGCCGGAGCGCUGGAUCGUUAAUCCCGACGAUGGCGUAAGUGAAGAAGAUGUUAAACGAAGCCACUCAGGGUUCUGCGCAUUCAGUCUUGGGUCAAGGGGCUGCAUUGGGAAGGGCUUAGCUUAUGCCGAGUUGACGGUCUCUCUUUCGAGGCUCUUGUUCUUGUACGAUCUUCGAGAAGCUGAGGGAGAGCAAGUCGGAGGCGGCAAGCCAGAGCUGGGAUUUGGGCGGAAAAGAAAGAAUGAGUAUCAGAUCCAAGAUCGAUUUGUGGGUGAGCGAGAUGGGCCUAUUAUUGAGUUCAAAGCAAGGAGUUCUUAA